AUGUAUUUCCUCCAAAAAUUCACGGCUCUAUUGAGCCUCUUCCUCUGCCUGUUCAACUUCUCUGAUGCUUAUACCAACCCAAUCCGCAAUCCGGGCGGCUCCGACCCCUUCCUAGUCUAUACCGGGGGUUACUAUUAUCUGCUCACGACCAGUUGGAACGAUGUCCAGAUCUCCAGGGCGACAAGCAUUGAAGGUCUGAAGUCGGCGACCAAGAAGGUCGUAUACUCGACGUCCACGUCAUCGCGUUGCUGCAAUGUGUGGGCUCCUGAAGUCCACUACCUAGGUGGAGCUUGGUACAUCUACUACACCGCAGGUACCAGUGCGAACCUCGACGGACAGAGGCUUCACGUCCUCAAGGGCGGUGCCACACCAUGGGACACCUACAGCUACGCCGGCCAGCUGACGAACGAGUGGUCCAUCGACGGCUCGGUCCUCCGCUUCAACGACUACGGCAACUGGCUCAUGUUCUCGUGCUUCCACGGCGUCACCUACCAGUCCAUCUGCGUCCAGAAGCUCUCGGACAGCUUCGACUCGCUCACGGGGUCCAUCUACGUCAUCUCCCAGCCGACCCUCGCCUUCGAGAAGAACGGCACCCCCGUCAACGAGGCCCCCGCCGCGCUCUACUUCAACGGCAAGACCCACAUCGCCUACGCCGCGUCGUACUGCUGGACGGCCAACUACUGCAUCGGCCUGCUCACGUGGGACGGCUCGACGGCGCCGUACCUCGCCUCCGCGUGGAGCAAGAACAACGGAUGCGUGUUCUCCAGUGCCAAUGGGAACUACGGCCCUGCGAGUAAUGGGUUCUUCCAGAGCCCGGACGCGAAGCAGACGUGGCUGGUGUACCAUGCGACCAGCAACUCGGCUGGCGCGUGUGAUAAUUCGAGGUACACGAUGGUGCAGCCUCUGAGUGCGAACAGCAAUGGCGGCCCGAACUUUGGAAUCCCGGCCCCGUUCUCGCAGUCUCACAGCGAGCCAAGUGCGUAA